AUGAUAUAAUAGAUUAAAAAAUAUUAUAAUUUAGAAGAAUUUUUAAGCUCUUCACUUUAAUCUCAUUAGGCUCUCCAUAUUGAUCUGAUAAACAGAAACAUUAAUGAUGAAUGUUCAUUAAGCUUAGGUUCUGGUUUAGCAAAGUGCAUUAAUCUCUCAAAUUUGAAACUUUAACUUCACUACAAUCUAAUUGGUGAUGAAGGUGCAUUAGGCUUAGGUUUUGGUUUAGCAAAGUGCACUAAUCUCUCAAAUUUGAAACUUUUGCUUCGUGAAAAUGAAAUUGGCGAUGAAGGUACUUCAGGCUUAGGUUCUGCUUUAGAAAAGUGCAUUAAUCUCUCAAAUUUGAAAAUUAACCUUUGUAUUAAUUAAAUUGGUGAUGAAGGUGCAUCAGGCUUAGGUUCUGGUUUAGCAAAUUGCAUUAAUCUCUCUAAUUUGACACUUUAUCUUAGCCACAAUUAAAUUGGUGAUGAAGGUGCAUCAGGCUUAGGUUCUGGUUUAGCAAAGUGCAUUAAUCUCUCAAAUUUAAGAAUUAUUCUUCACCACAAUUAAAUUGGUGAUGAAGGUGCAUCAGGCUUAGGUUCUGGUUUAGCAAAUUGCAUUAAUCUCUCAAAUUUGACACUUUUGCUUGGUAAAAAUUAAAUUGGUGAUGAGGGUGCAUCAGGCUUAGGUACUGCUUUAGCAAAUUGCAUUAAUCUCUCAAUUUUGAAACUUAUUCUUGAUAAAAAUCCAAUUGGUGAUAAAGGUACAUUAGGCUUAGGUUCUGCUUUAGCAAAUUGCAUUAAUCUCUCUAAUUUAACACUUGUCCUUUUUAGAAAUUAAAUUGGUGAUGAAGGUGCAUCAGGCUUAGGUUCUGCUUUAGCAAAUUGCAUUAAUCUCUCAAUUUUGAUACUUGGCCUUAAUUAAAAUUAAAUUGGUGAUAAAGGUACAUCAUGCUUAGGUUCUUCUUUAGCAAAUUGCAUUAAUCUCUCAAAUUUGACACUUUUUCUUAGUGAAAAUUAAAUUGGUGAUGAAAUUGCAUCAAGCUUAGGUCCUGUUUUAGCAAAUUGUAUUAAUCUCUCUAAUUUAACACUUGACCUUAGUUAAAAUUAAAUUGGUGAUGAGGGUGCAUCAGGCUUAGGUACUGCUUUAGCAAAUUGUAUUAAUCUCUCAAAUUUGGCACUUUGUCUUUAUGGAAAUUAAAUUGGUGAAGAAGGUGCAUCAAACUUAGGUUCUGCUAUAAAAAAUUGGAUUAAUCUCUCAAAUUUAACACUUGAUCUUAAUGAUAACCCAUUGAAUAAAUCAUAAGCAUUAAAAGUAAACCUCAAGUGUCUUAAAUCAAAAAGGCUAGUUGUCUUUUCAGAAUAAUUCAAUUAUUGA